AUGUCAGAUAAACUCAAAUGCUCAGAGACAGCAGAGAAUAACAGAGAAAAACAAGGCUCAGCUGCAGAGUACAGUGGAGCUACUCAUGAUGAUUACACAAAGACCUCGAAGGACAAGUUAAAGCAGGAAUGUGAGCGGAUAUUGGUUGGUAAUUCACAGACGGGUGAAAAUAAAUACCUGGAUGAUAUUUAUACAGAUUUAUAUGUGGUGGAGGAUCAGACUGGAGGAAGAAUGAAUGAACACGAGGUGAGACAGAUUGAAUCAAAACACAACCGACCGCCUGCCAAGGACACGCCGAUCCAGUUUAAAGACAUGUUCAAAGACCAUAUGGGUCGACAAAACAGGAAAGUGUUGACAGUGGGGAUUGCAGGAGUGGGAAAAACUGUCUCUGUAAAUAAAUUCAUCCUUGACUGGGCUAAAGGAAAAGAAAAUCAAGAUAUAGUCUUCAUUUUUCUACUCCCAUUCUGUAAACUGAAUUUGAUUACAGAGGAGUACAGUCUCAUGGGAUUGCUUAACACAUACUGCUUUAGUGGCUUUAAAGGGCUGACAUCUCUUCCUGAAGAUGGCAAUAAGGUCAUGUUCAUUUUUGAUGGGCUGGAUGAAUGUCGCUUCCCUUUGAGCUUUAAACAGGGUGACAGUUUUACAGAUGUUAAUAAGAAAACAACAGUGAGUAAGAUAGUUACAGCCCUAAUCAAGAGACAUCUGGUUCCCUCUGCUCUCAUCUGGAUCACAUCCAGACCAGCAGCAGCCAGUCUGAUACCCCGAGAAUACAUUGACCAGGUGACAGAGGUACGAGGAUUCAAUGAUGAGCAGAAAGAGGAGUACUUCAUCAGAAACAGCAGUCCUGAGGUUGCUGAAAACAUCAUCCGUCACAUCAGAAAAUUCAGAAGUCUGUACAUCAUGUGUCACAUCCCGAUCUUCUGCUGGAUCUCUCUCACUAUUCUUCAGCCUCUACUGGUUCAAGAGAGCAAUGACAAAACACCUACAACCCUCACAGAGAUGUACACAAACUUUUUACUUUGUCAGAAACAACAGAUGGAAACAAAAUAUUGCGAUGAUGCUGAAACUAAUCCUAAAGUCAUGUCUUUUGAUGAUAUUAUUCUGAAGCUUGGGAAACUGGCCUUUAAACAACUACAGAAAGGUAAUCUGAUUUUCUACAAAGAAGAUCUUGAGGAGUGUGGACUAGAUACCAUUGAAGGUUCUGUGUACUCUGGGUUAUGCACCCGGAUGUUUCAGGAGGAAAAAUCUAUGUCAGUGAGAAACGUUUACAGCUUCAUACAUCUCAGCAUCCAGGAAUUACUUGCUGCUCUCUAUGUGUUUUUUAAUAACAGAAACAAGAAAGCAAACCCUUUUCUUAAAUCCUGGAAAAAACUAACAUGUAUCCUGUCCACAAAGCCACUGCUUAAACUUCAUAAAGCUGCAGUCAAUGAGGCUUUACAAAGUGAGAAUGGACACCUGGACCUCUUCCUCCGAUUCCUCCUGGGUCUUUCAUUGGAGUCCAACCAGAGAUACCUGAAGGAACUACUGCCAGGACUGAAGCUCAAAACAGAGGACACCAAAAACACUGCUGACUAUAUCCACAAGAAAAUAAAGGUGGAGGAAUCAAACGAGAGGAAAAUCAAUCUGUUCCACUGUCUGAAUGAACUGAAAGAUGACUUUGUGGAGGAAAUCCAGAAGAAUCUGGGCUCUGGAAAACCUUCGGAGCAGAAUCUCUCUUCUGCUCAGUGGUCAGCUCUGAUGUUUUUGCUCCAGAUGUCAGAAGAGACUCAAGAGAAGUUUGAACUGCAGAAAUACAAAAGAUCUGAUGAAGCACUGAUGAGACUGCUGCCAGUAAUCAAAAACACCAGAAGAGCGCUGCUACAGUCCUGUAUUCUCACUGCACAGGCUUGUGAGAGUUUGUCAUCAGUUCUACUGUCAUCAAACUCUAUCCUGAGAGAGCUGGACCUGAGUAACAAUGAUCUGAAGGAUUCUGGAGUGAAGCUUCUUUCUGAUGGACUGAAGAGUCCAAACUGUCAGCUGGAGAUUCUGAGGUUACAGUCCUGUAUUCUCACUGCACAGUCUUGCGAGAGUUUGUCAUCAGUUCUACUGUCAUCAAACUCUAUCCUGAGAGAGCUGGACCUGAGUAACAAUGAUCUGAAGGAUUCUGGAGUGAAGCUUCUUUCUGAUGGACUGAAGAUACCAAACUGUCAGCUGGAGAUUCUGAGGCUACAGUCCUGUAUUCUCACUGCACAGUCUUGCGAGAGUUUGUCAUCAGUUCUACUGUCAUCAAACUCUAUCCUGAGAGAGCUGGACCUGAGUAACAAUGAUCUGAAGGAUUCUGGAGUGAAGCUUCUUUCUGAUGGACUGAAGAUAACAAACUGUCAGCUGGAGAUUCUGAGGUUGUCUGGCUGUAUGGUGACAGAGGAGGGAUGUCGUUAUAUAUCUUCAGCUCUGACUUCAAACCCCUCACACUUGAGAGAGCUGGAUCUGAGUUAUAAUCACCCAGGAGAUUCAGGAGUCAAGCUGCUCCAGGAAAAACGGGAGGAUCCAAACUGCUCACUGGACAAAUUCAAUGUGGAUAAUGGAGGAGAAUCCAGGAUUACACCAGGACUAAAGAAAUAUGCUUGUUUUUUCACACUGGAUCCAAACACAGCAAAAACUGAUCUCAUUCUGUCUGAGGAGAACAGAAACGUGACAGGUGUGCAAGAGAACCAGCCGUAUCCUGAUCAUCCAGACAGAUUUGAUGUGCGUCAGGUGUUGUGUAGAGAGAGCGUGCCUGAACGCUGUUAUUGGGAGAUUGAAUGGAGUGGAAAUUAUGGUGUGUGGAUAUCAGUGUCAUAUAAGAGCAUCAGGAGGAAGGGACGGGGUGAGGAGUGUGAGUUUGGAUAUAAUGAUAAGUCCUGGAGUUUGAUCUGCACUCCUGACAGUUACUCAUUCAGACACAAUAACAUAGAGACAGAUCUCCCUGUAGAGUCCAUCAUCAGGAGAAUAGGAGUGUAUGUGGAUCACAGAGCAGGAACUCUGUCCUUCUACAGCAUCUCUGACAAAAUGAGCCACAUCCACACAGUCCAGACCACAUUCACUCAGACGCUCUAUCCUGGGGUUGGUUUUUUUUCUUAUGGAUCAUCAGUGAAACUGCUGAUGAAUUAGAAGAGUCUCACGAGAGAUUCUACCCAUAAUUCUUUGAGCUGCAUGAAUCAGUAACAGUGGGAUGUUAUAGAGUCUCUUCAUAACAUAAAAUCAAUCUAUAUCAACAAAAUUAAAUUUUUCAAUGCAGAGGAAACACAGAAGAGGGACUUCAAUGUAUUUACCCACUGUUUAAUGCAGGACAUGAAUGCAUUUGACCUG